GCACGAACUUCCGCUACACAGACGGCAUGUUCCAUUGUACCGAGCAGUUCUAAAAGUGUCGCAGUUUUAAAAGGUGCAGACUUUUAGAAUUUCGUUAAAGUUGCUUUGAUCGCUGUGACCAGUUGUUGCUUCUUAGUGAGGAAAUCAGAUGAAGUCGUUAACGGCAAAGUAACGGGCAACUGCCGAGGCAGAGUGUGGUGGUUCUCACCGAAGGAAUUCCAGCCUCAGCGGCGGCUCUUCCACCUUCUUCCGCCGGUUAGCACCGUAGCUAAACAGCGCUAACCGCGUUUUUUUACGAACGUGAAUCUGAUGAGUGGAAUGUUUUUAACCCGGAGGAAUCUCAGUUCGAGUCGGUCAGACACAGACGACGAAGGCUGUUAGCUCCGUGAUUAGCCGCUAAACUCAGUUAGCUACUUAGCUAGCUAACUGCCGGGUUGAUUUGUACAAAAACCUUUUAAAAAAACAGCACGACCUGUAAGUCAGAUACAAACGUUGUUCUGGUGAAUAGUUAUUGUUGGGAUUGAAAUUUCACUACAACCGCGCAGAAUGAAUGGGUUCAGCACAGAAGAGGACAGCCACGACGGCCCGCCAGCUCCUCCGUUUUACGGCCAGAGCUGCUGCCUGAUCGAGGACGGAGAGCGCUGCGGCCGCUCGGCUGGAAACGCCUCCUUCAGCAAGAGGAUCCAAAAGAGUAUAUCGCAGAAGAAGCUCAAGCUGGACAUUGACAAGAGUGUGCGGCAUCUCUACAUCUGUGACUUCCACAAGAAUUUCAUCCAGAGUGUCCGCAACAAGAGAAAGAGGAAGACCAGUGAUGAUGGAGGGGAAUCCCCUGAUCACGAUGUGGAGGUGCCUGAGGUGGAUCUCUUCCAGCUUCAGGUGAACACGUUGCGACGCUACAAGCGACACUACAAGCUGCAGACCAGACCCGGCCUCAACAAGGCCCAGCUGGCAGAGACUGUGAGUCGCCACUUCAGGAAUAUUCCUGUAAACGAGAAGGAGACACUCACCUACUUCAUCUACAUGGUGAAGAGCAGUAAGAGCCGCCUGGACCAGAAGGGUGACGGAAGCAAACCGCUUGACUAAACUUCCCUCUGCCACAACCGCAGCAACAGCAAACCUGGACACUACUAUCAGCAGCAGCAGCCUCGUCUCCAUCCCUUCCCACUGUCGGACCAGAACCCUUGCCGUCCUCUCAGGACGUUAAACAGAACUGGAGGAAAUGUGGAGGAAGGAUGAGUUCGCUUCCACUCGUUUUGCUAAACCUGGAUUUGGUUUCUUGUUGUCACUGACUUCUCCACAAAGUCUGUGGAGGACCAAGACUGACUGAGGUGAUUUAUGUUAUAUUACUGUAAAAAAAAAAAAAAAAAUACAGCAUCUGAUCUGAAACAACCCAGCUGAAUGCAAUGUACAAUAUCGCUGCCUUAAGAGUUAAAAAAAGGGAGGGACAAGAAACACUUUGCUGGUCAUUUUUGGUUCCUCUCUUUUUAGCUGGUGAAAAGACUCACAUUCAGAGGGAGGAAGCUGGAGGGGGUUGAAACAAAUGAAAUGUAUGGAAAAGCACACAAUCCAGGUUCAGGUUCACUUUACAGCUCCGAGUUAAUCACAUCAUCAGUAAUAAUGUCUAAAAUGAAAUUUAAAAGCCUGGCUGCCUGUUUUCAGAUGGAAUGUGACUGGAUUUAAAGAUGGUAAGGAAGGAUGUAGCUCUAUGAGCCUCUUUUUCUCAUUAGAACUUUAUUUUUUUGGGAACACACUGAUUUAUUUCUUUCUAUCAAGGGUGUCAGAAGAGUUUCUUUUAAGUUUGGCUGUUAGUCUGUGUUGUUUGAAGCUGUGUGCAUAUUUAACAAUGAAUUGACCCCGCCCCCCCCCCCCCCCCCCCCCCAACAUAAAAUUAUAAAUCUAUUGCUUUUUAUACCUCGGAGCAAUGUUUGUGGUGGACAAAGUCUGCUGCUGCAGAAGAAUAACUGACAUAUUAUUGUCAAACCUUUUCACCCAGUUUUUAAGAACUGAUUACAUGGAAAUGUUCCUAUUGCUGACCUUCUUCCAUAUUGGGCUUAAAGUCUUCACAUUUUGAUUUCCAGCUGAAAUGAUCUGCUGUUUGAAAGGACUAGUUUCCAUCUGAAAUGGUUUGGUUAUCGGCACAGAAGAAACCGCCCUGCUGAGGCCUUCGGAUUCUUCAGAACCAUCAUCCUCCCGCUGUUUUUGUGAACUGAACUCACAGUUUAGGAUUUCUGUUGCUUUUUGUUUUCCGUUUUUGUUUUUCAGUCUGUACCUUUUCAUUUUGCUUGUAGGUUUCUUAGUGUCAUGUACGUAGAUGACAUCCAUCUUUAUUAAUACAGGUCAUGCCUCAUUAUACUGGUGUAUUAGAAAGAAAAGAGAAAAAGACAUAUUUAAGUAUGGAUUCGUAUUGCUCUUAAUAUUAUUAAUAAAUGUAUUGUACAGGCAGAAGAACGGAUUGGGGCUUAUUUUGUUAGUAGGUUGGAACGUGUAGCUACAAGUAUUCAUGAGCACCUUCAAACACAAUCAAAAUGUUAGGUUUUUUGUAUGUUUUAUAAUUAAAUGAAUAAUUGAGA